CCUUCCAAAAACCGUACCACAAACUCCAAUCCCUAUGCCUUCCAGCCUCCUCCAACUCCUCUCCUCCUCCUCCCUCCUCUUCACCCUUUACACCGCCGCUUCUGCCAACAAGUGGUACAAUUGUUCCACGUCGAACUUCACAACCAAUAGCACAUACCGAUCUAAUCUCCAACUCCUCCUCCCCUCCCUCUCCUCUGCCGCCAUUCCCACCGGCUUCUCCGCCCAAUCCAGAGGUCGACCUCCUAACCAAGUCUUCAGCUCCGCCCUCUGCCGUGGCGACGUCUCCCAAUCCGAAUGCCAGUCUUGCCUCUCCUCCGCUGUCGAUGACAUGCCCCAGUACUGCCCGUUGAGUCGAAGAGGGGCCCUUUGGUACGACACAUGCUUCCUCUACUACUCCACCGGCAUCAACGUCACCUCCUCCUCCAAAGACAACGAAACAAUUGCCUUAAAGAAACAGAGAUGGUUCGAAAACGAGGGGCAGAAUUCCUCGAACCCGAGAUUUGCGGUUCUGCUGGCCGACCUGAUGGCCGGCUUGACCAAGCGGGCGGCAUACGGGUCGGCACUGCUGUUUGCCACGGGGGAGGUCAAUGUGACGAGCUCUGAGAGGCUGUACGGUCUGGUGCAGUGCACGAGAGAUCAGUCUGACGACGACUGCAAUCAGUGCCUGCAGCGGUCGAUGGAGUUCAUGUCGACUCGCUUUCCACGGAGUGUCGGAGCAGAGACACUGGCAUACAGCUGCUACGUGAGGCAUGCGAUGUAUGCUUUCUAUGAUGAAUCUGUCGAUGCAGCACCGGCUUCUUCGCCGGUGCCGAUGCCGGUCCCCUAUUCCAGCUCUCCACCGUUCCGACAAAAGGAACCAGGAAAACCGAAUAGAGUCAUGGUCAUCCCCAUUCUAUGUGGGUUGGUGAUCCUCUCUGCCAUUUUCUUUUGUCUUUGGAGGAGGAGAACAUUUUUUAAAUUAUCAAAAACUACAGAUACUGAAGAUGAGGAAAUUAAAGACGUCAAAGAUCUAUUGUUUGAUUUGGGCACACUUAGAGUUGCGACUGAUAACUUCUCUGACAUGAAUAAACUCGGAGAAGGUGGGUUUGGGCCAGUUUACAAGGGGAUUCUAUCUGAUGGCCAGCAAAUAGCUGUGAAAAGACUUUCCCGAAGGUCACGGCAAGGAUUUAUAGAGCUAAGAAAUGAGGUUAUGUUUGUUGCUAAGCUCGAACACAGAAAUCUUGUAAAGUUGCUGGGAUGUUGUUUAGAAGAGAGGGAGAAGUUACUCGUCUAUGAAUUUCUCCCGAAUACAAGCCUUGACAAAUUCUUGUUUGAUCCUACUAAACGUGGACUCUUAGACUGGGGAAAGCGCUACAAAAUUAUCGAAGGAAUUGCAAGAGGGAUUCUUUAUCUUCACCAAGAUUCUCGGUUAAAGAUUAUCCAUCGGGAUCUAAAGCCAAGUAAUGUCUUGUUAGAUCAGUACAUGAAUCCCAAGAUUUCAGACUUUGGUCUUGCAAAGCUCUCUGAAUCAGAAAAGACGCACGGAUUGGCUAGUAAAAUUGCUGGCACAAAUGGAUACAUGGCUCCGGAAUAUGCAAUGCAGGGGCAUUUUUCAACUAAAUCAGAUGUAUUUAGUUUCGGAGUUUUAAUUCUAGAGAUUGUGACUGGUCAAAGAAUCGGUGACUUCCAUGGAUCGGGUUGUGCUACCAACCUCCUAAGCUAUGUCUGGGAGCACUGGAGCAAAGAUAUGGCUUUGCAAAUAAUAGAUCAUAGCCUAGGUGAAUUGUACCAUAGGCAAGAAGCCUUGACAUGCAUCCACAUAGGAUUACUCUGUGUUCAGGAAGACUCGAGGAAGAGGCCUUGCAUGCAAUCUGUUGUUCUGAUGCUGAGUAAUUAUUCCAUUGCUCUUCCAACUCCUUCAAUGCCCGCAUAUUUUGUUCCAAGCAGAGCAGCCACUGAUUCAAAUGUGACUUCAAGAAUAGCCGAUUCCAGUCCUACCUUGUCAUCUAUGCAUAACACGUCAAUUACUGAAAUAGAGCCCCGGUAACAAAUUGUGUGAGAUAUCUGAUUAUUGUCACUAUGAGAACAAGCACAAUCGUCUCGGCGGGCUGCUUUUCCAGGAUCAAUAAUUCAGCUGUAUCUCUUGGCGUUAUCCAAGUGGCACUGCUACAGCAUGCUACUUGCCGGCAAUGGCCGGCUCAUUUUGGAGCUUUUGGAAUUUUUUUAUUGGGGAUCUUUGUUGCAUGAUUGUAUGAGUAUUUGGCCCUCUUUCAACCUUUUUCUUUAUGAUCUUAUUGUACUUUUUUACUAUCUUUAAUAAAAUUCAGGUGAGGUUAUCCCCCUCCUUUUUUUUUCUAUAUAAAAAAAAUUACAUAAACAUC